AUGGCGAAUCAACAUUGCCCAUCUACAGAUUCGGUAAUGGAUCCAGAUACAGCUAAGGAUGGGACACUGACAUCAGAUACACCAUGCCCCAAACCAAAAGACAGCCAUUUGCUUUAUGAAAGAAGAGCACGACACAAUCUCCAACUAUCGGAUCCAGGAAAGGCGUUGGCUAAUGUAGUUGAAGCUGUCAAACACAAAAAGGAUUCAUUCACUGUGCAUUGGUUGGCGGCGAAAGCAUAUGCAUCUAUGACGAUGUAUGACGAUGGUAUUUGCGCCUUUUCAAAUGCAUUGGAACUUUGCUACUUGGAGGACAAACGGCGGGAAAUCCUUACCGACCUACUGGUUCUCUAUUGUAGCAGAGGAAGGGAUAUGAGCGUGUUGGGAAAGAGAGUCACCAAACAGAUUACCAGUGGUACAUGGGCUACAGUCGCUUACGAUCUAACGAGGACUAAAAUGUUUAACGAAGCUUACAUAGCCUACUCACAAUUGAAGACAGUCGCCCCGUAUCAAUCAAACAUUCAGGUGAAUCUGCAGCCGCUGUGUGACGUAGACACCGUGACUAAAGAGGUAUGGAUAUUGGACCUCGUCACGUGCCUGAUCCGUCAUGGUAGCGAUCACAAUACAAUGACGUCACAUGCCGGUGAUACGUAUAUCCAAGUUGUGGUCAGGAUGACCCUUGCCACAGGUGAGUUGGGCCUUUUAAACCACGUGUUGAGAGACAUAGUGCGUCAGGGAGAACUCGAUGACUUGCGAGAUUGCCUUGGAAACACCUCCCUCCACACAGCAACACAGUAUCAGAAAUGUUCGCCAAUCGUUCGCAUGGACGUCAUGAGGUUAUUAGUUGAUUCGGGGAUAGACGAAACACUGGAGAACUCUGAGAGGAAAACUGCAGCCUCAUACCUGUUAAGAUCUGAGAAAAAUCUCCUUCGAUGUCAUCAUGAUUAUAUAUCGAUUUGUUCCGAAAUGAUAGCCGAGAAAGCAAUGCAGACAGUGACUGAUAUAUACAGGGAUUCAGAUAUUGCCAGCAGUGAAGAAGAUGACCAGGAACUCGAAGAACAGACAUACGACGGCCAUACCAUCGAACAACAAACACAGACGAAGGAAAGAGCGGCUAGUGGUACUGUGUCACCUACACACGACGGUCAUGCCACGGAACAAGAAACAAACGAAGACCAUACCACGGAACAAGAAACACACGACGGUCAUGCCACGGAACAACAAACACACGACGGUCAUACCACGGAACAAGAAACACACGACGGUCAUGCCACGGAACAAGAAACAAACGAAGACCAUACCACGGAACAAGAAACACACGACGGUCAUGCCACGGAACAAGAAACACACGAAGACCAUACCACGGAACAAGAAACACACGACGGUGAUACCACGGAACAACAAACACACGACGGUCAUACCACGGAACAAACACACGACGGUCAUACCACGGAACAACAAACACACGACGGUCAUACCACGGAACAAGAAACACACGAAGACCAUACCGCGGAACAACAAACACACGACGGUCAUACCACGGAACAAGAAACACACGAAGACCAUACCACGGAACAAGAAACACACGAAGACCAUACCACGGAACAAGAAACACACGUAGACCAUACCAUAGAACAAGAAACACACGAAGACCAUAACACAGAGCAAGAAACACACGAAGACCAUACCACGGAACAAGAAACACACGAAGACCAUAACACAGAGCAAGAAACACACGAAGACCAUACCACGGAACAAGAAACACACGAAGACCAUACCACGGAACAAGAAACACACGAAGACCAUAACACAGAGCAAGAAACACACGAAGACCAUACCACGGAACAAGAAACACACGAAGACCAUACCACGGAACAAGAAACACACGAAGACCAUAACACAGAGCAAGAAACACACGUAGACCAUACCACGGAACAAGAAACACACGUAGACCAUACCACAGAACAAGAAAUACACGUAGACCAUACCACAGAACAAGAAACACACGAGGGCAAUAUCACAGAACAAGAAACACACGACGGUCAUACCACAGAACAAGAAACACACGAAGACCAUACCACAGAACAAGAACAAGAAACACCGACGUCGGGAAGAGCUGUUAGUGGUACUGUGUCACCUACAAACGACGGCCAUACCACGGAAAAAGAAACACACGACGGUCAUACCACGGAACAAGAAACACACGAAGACCAUCCCACGGAACAAGAAACACACGAAGUCCAUACCAUAGAACAAGAAACACACGAAGACCAUACCACGGAACAAGAAACACACGAAGACCAUACAACAGAACAAGAAACACACGAGGGUCAUACCACAGAACAAGAAACACACGAGGGUCAUACCACGGAACAAGAAACACACGAGGGCCAUACCACAGAACAAGAAACACACGAGGGUCAUACCACAGAACAAGAAACACACGAGGGUCAUACCACAGAACAAGUAACACCGACGUCGGGACGAGAUGUUAGUGGUAAUGUGUCACCUACAAACGACGGCCAUACCACGAAACAAGAAACACCGACGUCGGGAAGAGAUGUUAGUGGUACUGUGUCACCUACACACGACGGCCAUACUGCGGAACACGAAUCAACGACGUCGGGAAGUGAUGUUAGUGGUACUGUGUCAUCUACACACGACGGCCACACCACGGAACAAGAAACACCGACAACGGGAAGAGCUGUUAGUGGUAAUGUGUCACCUACAAACGACGGCCAUACCACGAAACAAGAAACACCGACGUCGGGAAGAGAUGUUAGUGGUACUGUGUCACUUACACACGACGGCCAUACUGCGGAACACGAAUCAACGACGUCGGGAAGUGAUGUUAGUGGUACUGUGUCAUCUACACACGACGGCCAUACCACGGAAAAAGAAACACACGACGGUCAUACCACGGAACAAGAAACACACGAAGACCAUCCCACGGAACAAGAAACACACGAAGUCCAUACCAUAGAACAAGAAACACACGAAGACCAUACCACGGAACAAGAAACACACGAAGACCAUACAACAGAACAAGAAACACACGAGGGUCAUACCACAGAACAAGAAACACACGAGGGUCAUACCACGGAACAAGAAACACACGAGGGCCAUACCACAGAACAAGAAACACACGAGGGUCAUACCACAGAACAAGAAACACACGAGGGUCAUACCACAGAACAAGUAACACCGACGUCGGGACGAGAUGUUAGUGGUAAUGUGUCACCUACAAACGACGGCCAUACCACGGAACAAGAAACACCGACGUCGGGAAGAGCUGUUAGUGGUACUGUGUCACCUACACACGACGGUCAUACUGCGGAACACGAAUCAACGACGUCGGGAAGUGAUGUUAGUGGUACUGUGUCAUCUACACACGACGGCCACACCACGGAACAAGAAACACCGACAACGGGAAGAGCUGUUAGUGGUAAUGUGUCACCUACAAACGACGGCCAUACCACGAAACAAGAAACACCGACGUCGGGAAGAGAUGUUAGUGGUACUGUGUCACUUACACACGACGGCCAUACUGCGGAACACGAAUCAACGACGUCGGGAAGUGAUGUUAGUGGUACUGUGUCAUCUACACACGACGGCCACACCACGGAACAAGAAACACCGACAACGGGAAGUGAUGUUAGUGGUAAUGUGUCACCUACAAACGACGGCCAUACCACAGAACAACAAACACCGACGGCGGAAGGAAUUGUUAACGAAAUUGUGUCACCACAGAAAUCUUCAACAGAACAGGACGUUUCAGACAACAAUACUGAAAACAACAAUACUGAUUUAGUUCUACAGGAAAGUAAUGAAGUGUCACAAAUGUCGGAAGACAAUGCUUCUCAAAUUUAUUGUAAGCAAGAUAAUCAAAGUCAUACGCUAUGCUACAAUGUCCCAGAUGGACAUUCACAAAAUGAUGAAAACAAGUCUUCCAAGCCAGACCCAGAAGAAAAUUUCACUCAAAAUCAUACUACAACCAAUAAAAGACAAGAUGAAUGUUCAUUUCAAGAAGAAGGGAGAUUUGUUAAAGAAUCGAUGGGCUCUUCCCAAGAUGUCAAAGAAGAAUCUACCGGGAUUUAUUUCGCAGACGGACAUAUUGUAACGGGAUAUUAUGCUGUUGAAUCAAACCCUAAGGUAGGAACCAUUUUCAUGGACGAGGUCGUUGAACCACAGGUUGAACCAACUCAGACUGACUCUGACGUCCAGGUCCAUGAUUCCCAAGUCCGUGCCAGAAACGAACAGGAUUCAAUCAAUGAAGAAAAACCAAAAUCUUUACAAAACAGUUCUGUGGAAUCUGACCAGUGUACGAAGACGUUGCGAGAUGACUUGAAGGAUAAACCUACACGUGUAGAGCUCCACAGUUUCACAAAAACUGACGACCAUGAAGAUGAUAAGCAGUACACCAUUUCCCCUCGUGUUCAGGCAUUAUUUGAUAGAGAUAAUCUGUCAGAGGAAACUUCCUCCGAUGAUCCUGAGGGUGAGAAGAUGACUUCCGUCCAAGAAAAUGAUGACAAAUGUGACAGGCAUUCAUCAGGUCUUCCUUCGAACGAAGAAAAACCUCAAACAGGAAUGGGAACAGAGAGCAGAGCAAGUGAUAGUAAGCUGAAACACGGGGCCUCUCAUAAUGAGGACAUAUCCGAUUUAGGACAAGUAAGAACAGAAGAACUACGCGAUACUUUUCCUGGUGGAGUUUCGCCCGAGAGGUUUCAGUGUGGUAGAAAUGGUCCACUUAUGUUAGAGGACAUGAAUUUCACAGAAAACGACUGCAAGCAUUCACACCAUGAUGUUAUUGUUUCCAAAACAAAUGAGGCAGGUGAUGAUGAGAUAAGUAUACAGUCUAGCAAGUCACCCAGUGAGCAUUCUGAGGAUAUAGCGACAGCUGAUUAUGAAGGUACGCAAGGCCAAUUAAACCAAGGUCACCAUGAUGAAACAGACGGAGUACAACAUCCAAGAAUAAAUAAUCUCAACGAAACUAAAGCGGAAAUACAAGUGCUAUUCAGGGAAGGCAAAUCAUGGCUGGUAGACUUGAAACAGAACUUCAAGGGAUUUGAGGUCCUGGGAAAACUUUUGGAAAAGACUAAUCUCUUAGCCACUAAUAAGUAUGCCAAACUUACCAUCCAUUUGAUCUGCAAACACCUGGAUGACUGCGAUGACAAAGAUGUUCCCGAAUGCCUAGUCCACAUUCCAGAGAAAUAUCUGAAGAAGAUUUUGAAACUUCUACUGGACGAGCGAAAAUGGAAUUGUUUUCUUAGUAUUAUCCGUAAACACCGAGAAUGCCAUGGUUCUAAACCAUUGUUUGCAGAUAUAGUAGACGGGCUAUGUCUGGAGGUAGUGAUAUCAGAUUCAAAGUUUCGGAAACAUACGAAAAGAUUGGAGAAUUUGAUCAAGUGUUUAUUGGAUAUAGGAGCAAGCAUGCCAAAUGAAGGAAAUGAUUGCAUCCGCGCAUGCGUCAGCAAUGCUCACUACGGGGUGCUACCCUUAUUGCUGUCGAGGGAAGCUCAUCCAAAACACCUAACCAUGUACCACGGCGAUACGCCUAUACAUGCUGCAGCUUCGAUCGCGUUAAAAACAGGAUAUUUCGAGGUAUUUGAAAUACUCUUAAAGAAGUUUAAAGAUGAUCCACAGGGACACUGCGAGUGUGAUCCUACUGAAAAAGACAGAAACGGAGACGGAAUCUUACACAUUACUCUUCGCCAUCCCGAUGACAGAAAAUCCAGACAACUUAUCAAACUAGUGCUUCAACAUCUUCCUAAAACCUCAACGGCCCUUUCAAGGAAUAACAAAGGACAAUAUCCAUCAGAUUUGAUAAAUGAAAAACGUGAUGAAAGAUGGCGAUUAUUGGAAAGUGUUUUUCCGUCUUUUUUCGCUGAACAAAAAAUGAAGAAAAUAUCGCGCAAAACAGCUCGUAGACGAAAGGGCAAUCCACUUCAUUCUAGACACAAAACAAAGGUUCCAGAAGUUGACUUUCCCGGAUCGCCCACAGUUCUCCCUUCAAAUGAAAUUGAUGGACACUUGAGUUGUUCCAAUUCUUCGAUGGAAAAAAAUAAGAUCCCUAAGGAUUUAGCUGAGGAGAACAUUAUUGAUCAUAACGAAAACAGCGUACCUGACAAACCUUCUGAAACUCUGGAAACUGUUUCCUCUAGUAACUACAACACACCGACAUCGUCAAUACUCAUCGAGUCUGAUGACACAAGUUACUCUUCUGGAUCUGAAAUGGAACAAUAUCCAUCUUCACCAGAUCCGGUCCAGAGUCAUUUUCUGAAUCCUCAUCCUACUGGACAACAGAAAUUUCAACCAGAUUCAAGAGAAACAGAAUAUCAUCUGACACGCAGAGAUCAUAAUGACGGAAAACCUUCGAAACAUAGACCUAAACUAAAGCAAGAUGAUAACCUAUUGCACGAGGAAAGAGAGCAAGAGGACGAAUUGACAGAAAAGGGAAAUGAAGACACGGAGGAUGUUGCAACAGAAUAUCCGAAGGAAAACCAGCAGAUUAGUGACGAAAGCUUGAAAGGUGAUGCGGCUUUGACUGCGGAUAAAAAUGUUGUUCAUGAGGAUUAUUCGAUAUCGACCAACAAAAAUGCUGCCAAUGAGGGUAUUUUGAGCUCGGAAACAAAUGGUCUUUUUGGUAUUGAGCAUCAAUGCGGAGAUGUGAAUAAAAAGAAAGACGAGGCAAGAGGGAACACGAAAAUGUUUAAAGUUGAUGAUGAUAGGGAACAUGGGAAUAUUCAAACAUCAGAAGAACAAAGUUCUACACAAACAAAAUUGGCGCAUGGCGAGGCCCAGAUUUUAGAAUCUGAACCAAUACAAGUAAAAAUAGAGGGAAAUGAAGAACAAGAGAAUCGCGGUACACAACCAAAGGAAAAAGACAAGUCGGAAAAGAAAGAUAUAGACUGGGAAAUUGCACAGACGAACGGAGAAGAAUUUCAAGAAGAUCAACAAGCAAGUGAAUUUCUUGAUAAGAUUUCUUCGAAACUCGAGGACCUUCCCUUCAAAGUAGAAUGUUCCAAAUCAUUUUGGAAGACAAUGACCAGUAAAAUGGAUCGAACAAUAGAAGACAAAAUUCUAAAGAUAAUUGUCGAUCUUGCAAGUGGAGAUUGGCAUCCUAGCAUAGCAAAGGAAUUACAUUCACCUAAAAACGUGAAGUUAUACGAGUCCAAAAUUGGAAAAGGGAGUAGGCUUAUUUGGCAAAAGGCCAUUAUAUCACAUACAGAAAGAGGAAUGUUCGGGAGCAACGAAACUCCUGGUGAUGCCGUGAUUCGUAUCUGGUAUUAUGUCGCGAGUCAUGAUGAUAUCCACAAGUAUGUUUUCCAAUGUUUGUCGUGCCCUAAAAUACCAUCAAGUUCUACGCCUUUUCAUCAGAUAUGCUGGCACAUAUCCGCGAACGAUCCGGAAUUGGCGGUUGACUUUCCCUUUCGUGUUACGGACUUGCAGCAAGCCAUCAUCAAUCUAGAAAGUGAGGCUCCCAUUUUAUUGAUAGGUCGAAGCGGAACAGGAAAGACGACAUGUUGCAUGUUCCGGAUGUGGAACCAGUUCAUUGGUCACUUGGCACUGUUGAACUCAGAGGACGGAAGCCAAGGGAAUAGUGAGCAGGCAGCCAGAAUGAGCAAUAACGUCACAGAUUCGGGCAUGGACAUAUCAGCGGAACCGGAAGGAGGUCAACAACACGUGAUGGAUGAUUCUAUCGUGUGUCAAAAACAACUUCACCAAAUAUUCCUCACAAGGAAUGCAGUUCUUUGCAGUGAGGCAAAAAAGAAUUUCAAUAAAAUGAGGCAAGGCAGCUCCAUAGCCCGAAAAUUUGAUCUUUCCGACGACGCGUCCCUUCCUUGGCGCUUUGAUGACAUUCGUGAUUCUCAAUAUCCAUUAUUUUUGACUUUGGAACAACUCUUAAACUUGAUGGAUGCCUCUAUUGGACCACCUUUUUUCUACGAGAGGGAAAACGACGGAUCUCGGAAAGGGAGUAGGAGGAACCUGUUCGAAGAAGAUUUGAGCAUCAGUGGACUCCCUGACGGAAUACAAGAGAGAGUUGCCAAUGUCCACACCGACUCUUUAAAUUCUAAAAGAAAAUUUCAACAGCCAACAGAGGUGACAUUUAAGAUAUUUAGAGACAUUGUUUGGCCAAAAUUAGCGUCAGGAGCAAACAGCUGGAACCUUCGCUUGUUUGGAUGGAGUUCGUAUCUAUCAUCAAAGGAUCUUAUGAAUCACUCUUGCAACCAAAAGGUUAUCUGUCGCGCGAAAGUCUAUCUAGAUGUUGGGAGGAAAAGAGCACCAAACUUUGACGGCGUCAGACAAGAGAUUUAUUGUCUGUUCGAAAAGUACCAAAAAGUACUAACAAAACAGAAUCUUUUUGAUGAAUGUGACCUGGUCCAUUCGAUCAAUUCUCGUCUCCAACCUAAACACGCCGAAGCAUGGGAAAUUCAUCAGCUAUUUGUGGACGAAAUACAGGAUUUUACGCAAGCUGAAAUCUGUCUUCUAAUCAAGAUCUGUCAGGAUCCGAAUCAAAUGUUCCUUACUGGUGAUACGGCUCAAACUGUCAUGCAUGGAAUACAAUUCCGAUUUUGUGAUAUCAGAUCUAUGUUUUACAAUAUCCGUGAAGCCAUGAAAACCUGCAACAACCGAGGGACGUACCUAGUAAAUGUACCAGAUAAAGUAUAUCAACUCACUCAAAGCUACCGGUUCCAUGACGGUAUUCUCGCUCUGUCAUCGAGUAUAUUAGAUAUCAUGGCACAUUUAUUUCCAGACUCAUUUGAUCGUCUAAAAACGGACAAGGGGCUUAUAGAAGCGGGGCCCCUACCAGUGCUACUUGAGUCAUUAAAUUUCUCAGAGCUCGUCAUGCAUAUUUCCGGCAAGGAAAACCAAAAAGAUGACGAUUCGGAUAUAGAGCUUGGAGUACAUCAGGCGAUCCUUGUGAACAAUGAAGCAGCUCUACAACAGAUUCCAAGGCAGCUGCAGAAAAAUAUCACCUUGACGAUAUACGAAUCAAAAGGGCUGGAAUUCAACAACAUUUUCCUCUUUAAUUUCUUUAAAUUUUCAAGCGCGUCAAAAGAGUGGCGAGCAGUUUCCACCCUACUGACGGAGUUAGCUGAAAAUGAAACUAGCGUGGAUAUAUUACGAACAGGCAUGCACCAGCUGGAUGAAGGUAUGCUUUGUGGGAAGGGCAGACCCCGAGCUCAAACAUUUAACCCAAAGCUUCACAAAGCACUGAACUCCGAACUAAAGCUGUUAUACACAGCGUUGACACGAGCCCGGGUGAAUGUGUUGAUAUUUGACGAGGAUGAAGAGAAACGUCGACCAAUGUUCGAAUACUUCAAGGCACGCAAUCUUGUCACUGUUGGGACAGGGUAUUCCACACAAGAUCACACGGAGCAUCAGUGUGAAAAAGACGACUGGCUUGCUCGUGGAGAAGAUUUCAUGAAGAAAUGUUUGUACCGGGAGGCAGUCAAGUGUUUCAGCAAGGGUGGAGACAACAACUUGGCUACCCUCGCCAACGCUCACUUCAGUAAGGAAACUGCUUUAAAGUUGCGUGACAAAAAGUCCAGACAAGAGAAAUUUCUGAAGGCUGCAAAACUCUUCCGAUCGGUGGACAUUAGUACAGACAAAAGAACACAAACUUACGCUAUGGAAUGUAUUAUCGAAUCCGGAGAUUUCGGUAAAGCCGCUGAGUACUGUGAAGAAAUCGGACAGUAUGGACAAGCUGCUAAGAUUUACAACACCCGCCUAAAACAGCCAGUGACAAGUAGUGAAUGCUACGAAAAAGCACAGCGCUUUGACGAAGCUGUGGACAUCCUUUAUGAAUCUGGUUACUAUGAGAAGGCAAUCGAUGUGGUCAGUAGAUAUACCGAACAGAUAAAGACAUUGGAGUCAAAGAACGAAGAAAUUCCCAAACUAAUGACGAAACAUCAACCGUGUAAAAAGCACGCAUUGGAACAUCUAAGAAUUAAAAGUGCAAACGUCUACCAUCAGCGAUACUCAAAUGAUCAGAAAAAGAAAUAUGAGGAAGCGUCCAUGUUGUACUUAUCAAAUGGAAAGUCCGAGAAGGCACUGACUGUUGCCAGGAAAUCAGGUAACACCAAUCUCAUCGCUCAAUAUCUAUUGACUGACACCCAAAUCAGGACACACAAAGAUCCAUUACACAGACAAUCGCAAACGCUAAGGCAGGUAAAUGAACUGAUAGACCUACUUAUUCAACUUCCAUCGAACAACAAAUUGAAAGGGCAGACAUAUUUGCUAAAAGCAGAAUUAUUGCAAACCGGAGGAAAUGACAAGGAAGGUCAAUCAGCUCUUGUAACAGCUCGGGAAGCUUUUAAAAGAUGCAACCCACCUUGUAUAGCGGGACAGGUAGAUUGUCUUGCACUAAUGUUGAAAUUGGAUGCUAAUAGGUACAAUAUUUCCUCUGCUGUGGAAGCAAUGCAUUUCCUAUUUUUGAUGGUAGAAUGUUUAGAGAAAACAUUUCCCACCUAUGACGACAUACGAGUCAUAGAAGAUAUCUACAAUUACUUCGGUUUCGAAUGCAACAAAGAUCGUUUGACUUUGAGAAAAAACAGUCAUCAUCAUCUUGCCCCAGAAAUGAUAUCUCACUGUCAAACAGAAAAUGAACAUGACGUCAAAAAAGCUAUCAGCGAGUUUUGGAAACGAAAAGCUUCUACUUGGUAUACCAAAAUAAACAAUGUUCUUAAAAGUUUGCGGAAGAAUAUAAAAUCAUGUAGCUGCAACGAUGAGUUUUCAAAAGAACCAUGCAAAUCCAACUAUAGUUUAACAUUUGGAAGUAUGAAGACACUUCUAGAGAUUGAUCUGCUGCAAAUAGAGCUUCAUGGAUACAUUGCACAGACAUCUCAAACGUUUAUUGAUAUUCCAGUGAGACCAUGCCGUGCUUUCUUUCAUCAUCUGCAGCCACAGAACUUCGUAAAAUGUCUUGGAUCAGAAGAAAGGUACAGACUGGCAGAUAUUGUACGGAACACCAAACGUAGUGUGAAACAAACAUUGAUUAAAGAAAUGCAACAAGAGUGCGUCAACAUGACGGGAAAGGAAAGGAAAUGGAGCACCGGUCUUUUCAUGAAACAACACUUCUUGGUGAACUAUUUACAAUUGGACUGGAAUGUGCGAGAGAACAUGGAAAAGUUCGUGCAGGACUUAUACAUUGAAAUGUCGAAGAAAUCUAAAGAUCACGAAGCUCGGGCACGUUUACACCACCUUGGCUGUUUGACAAAUAACAAAAAAGUUGAAAGUCUUGCCGUACGAUUUGUGGACGCGUACGACCAAAUAUCAGAAGACAUGAAUCCAAUGGAUGCUUUAAAGAUAUUCACAGCUUUCCUCAAGUUGCUCAGAGGUGUUGACCGAGUAGUUUUACCAGAUCGUAACUACCUGGUUAUGUGGAUGGAAUACUUCUUUGUGGUUGGAUCCUACCUGAUUGGAAAGGCCGAUCACAAUGUCCAUUUUGUACUUCCCACAUCCUAUAUCAACAUCACACAUUACAUUGAUUCAAGUUUCUCAACGAGGGAGAUGGCAACACUAGAAGCUAUCAAGAAAACAAAACGGAAACGUUUAGAAGUAUGGUACAUACAGCGAAGGAUGGAAAUAAUCGCUUCGUUUUUGUGUGGGGAAGACCCUAAAUCUGGACUAAUGAAUGAGGUAUUCAUAUCAACACAGAAAGAUGUUGAAGUAAUCGAGAGGGUACUGAUGUUAUCUUUGACUUGUCUGUGUAACAUGGGAAACUUGAUUCAGACAGCUUUGGAACCUCGGUUACUACGACAGUUACGCUCGAUUCAACUACCACAUGAUGCUCCCGUCAGAUUGACAGAAGCUGUUGAAGCAUUGAAAGUAGCAACCGGGCCACUCGCUAUAGGCAAUGCCUAUAGGAAGCUCCUAUUUGAACGUGGCGAAGGACUUGGUUCGUACAGCUUAUGGUGGGGAUCUCUGCAGUUUACGUCACUAACAAUACUUAAUGACAUCCUCCCCACUAGUUUUUAUGAGGAAGCCACUCGUAUUCUGCUACAAACGCCGGACAAAGCCACAUCAGGAGAAUGUAAAAUGGAGGCAACGGGCACUGACAAAGAAGAAACAAAAGAAGAAGAUACAUCUGUGGAACGUAACAGUGUUCAAAAUGAGAAAGCCACUGGCAUGGCGAAUAAAGAAUCUGAAAGAGACACAUUAAAGGAGAUAUGUGAUGUUAAACCUGAGGAAACGAAACGUGUCCUGUUUGAAACACCAGAUAAAGCUGUAUCAGGUGAAUCUUAUAGCACAAGACAUGAAGUGACGACUGACUGUCUUCUCAGAACACCGGUAUUCUACACAUCAGGGCCAGACUAUACUGAAAACGUGGACGACAGCUCGUCCAUACAAACGGAAAGAGGCGGUCAUGCUAAGGAAGAAUACAGAGAGAAAGAUAAGGACGAUGGCAUUGACUGGUUCUCGCAAGGCGCGUCAAACAUGACCAAGUGA